AUGAAGAAAUUAACAUUAUUGCUGACUUCGGUCCUGUUUCUACAGGCUGAAGGAUACGUUAUCCAGGUGCCUACAGAAACGACAAAUACAAUAACUACUUCAGUGGGAUGGGUUCAUAUUCAAAAGCUAUUACUACCAUUAUUCGAAAAUGUUUGCGAGGAAAGUACCGAUCCUAUCGUUGUGCGGCUAAAUGAAGAAUUUAAAUUAGAUCCUUCACAUGGAUUUUAUUCGAAACCAGAUGUUAUUGAUAAUUUGCAAAGCCUAAAAUCGAACAAAGGAAUGUUAGCAAAAGGGGAAAUAUUUACUGAGUAUGACGCAGAUCAUUUGAAUGAACUCAAAAUUGUUUAUGAUGUAUUAUACUACGCAAAAGACUUUGAUACUUUUUACAAAGCUGCAUGCUGGGCUCGUCAAAAUGUUAAUUGUGGUUUAUUUGUCGACGCGAUAUACUUGGCGAUAUUAAACAGACGUGACACAGAAAAAAUUUCAAUGCCAGCUCCGUAUGAACUAUUGCCCAAUUAUUUUAUUAGAAAAGAUUUUAUUAUUAAAGCAUCGUCAUUAAUCAGAGGAGAAACGUUUACUUUACCUGAAUGGGUUCGCAAUGAAGGUAACGCAUAUAUAUUGGACGUUAAUUACACAACUAAUUACUAUGACGGAAGUGACGAUAAAUUAGCCUAUUUCCAUGAAGACAUAGGAUUAAAUUCCUACUAUUAUUUAAAUAGAUUGAAAAUAUUACCAUGGAUUACUGAUUUGCGGAAUUUACAAAAGAAUAAUUGCGGAGAACAUAUUUAUCAUUCGAUGAAACAAAUGAUGGCUAGGUAUAAUUUAGAAAGAUAUUCGAACGGCUUAUUUGAAUUAGAAGGAAUUGACUGGGAUUACAUAAACGAGUACUCAUAUGAUCCGAUGCUCAUAUAUUCCAAUGGUAAUGAAUUUAGUCAAAGAAGAAGAGGCAAUGAUGAUAACGAAAUUCUAAUGAUGCUAAAAAAUAUUGAAAACGGUCUCCCAGCAGUCGUUGUUCACAUGUAUAAAUAUUUCCAGAGGGACGGUGGAUAUAAUAAAUCUGAAAUUAUUAACCAUUUAAUGGAGAUCCUUGUAACUGGUGAAAAGAGCUACGAAAACUUAGCUCUACAAUACCUCGGCGUUGACAAAUUAGUUUCAAGAGUACCUUCUGCGUUAGAACAUUACAUGACUACUAUUAGAGAUCCUAUAUAUUGGAAAUUGAACAAAAAGAUAGUUGAUAUAGUUGACAAGGCACUUCAAGUUUUGCCCAGUUAUACUAGAAGUCAGCUCUAUUUCCCCGGAGUCGUAGUACAAAAUGUAGAAGUAAAGAAAAUUAUGUCAUCAUUUGACAAUUUCGAAUUUGACGUAACUAGUGCGUUAAAAAGCGAAGGUGAAGAUGUUAAAUUCCAGGUUAAGAUCAAUCAACCUAGAUUAAAUCACAAACCUUUUACCUUCAAAAUCACUGUAUCAUCCCAAGUAGCACAGAAAGCUUUAAUAAAGUUAUAUUUAGGACCCAAAGUAAUGCCUGGUGAGCUCGUCGAGAAAAAGAAUAUGUUCAUGCUAUUGGAUUGUUUUGAAUUUAACCUCAAGAUUGGAAGUAAUGCGGUAACGAGAACUUCAAAUGAUAUGAUGAUCAUGUCCGAUGACUUUACUUCCCUAGAAACAUUGCACAAAAGAGUUUUAGAUGCUGAAUUUGGACUAGAUACUUUACGUUCAAAGUCUGCAUGGUCACAAAUAGGCUUUCCCUCUCGCUUAAUCCUUCCAAAGGGCACACCGGAAGGUUUACCUAUGCAUUUGUUUGUGUUUGUAGCACCAUACGUGAAAGCAACUUUAGGUGGAACUAGAAAUACUUUAGAUUUAAAUUCGGACGCAAUUCUAUCGCCCGGUUAUCCUCUGGAUUUAAGUGUUGAAAUCCAGCAACUAUUUAACCUGCCAAAUGCUUUGGUUAAAGACAUAGUCAUAACACAUAAAACUGAAGGUACUUAUAAUAAAGCAAGUAACGCUUACAAUUCCGCUAAUAACGAUAACAUAUGGCAGUCUAGCGAUGUAGAAUUUGUUCGUCCAAAUGGACCACUAGCUUUGUCAGCGCGACCUGCAUUUACUAAAAAAACAUUUGAUUAUAAAUCAAAAAAGAAUCAGUAUGGUAAAAAAAAUGAUUAUGUUUUGAAGAAAGAUGAAAUUAUUGAAGAUACCAAAACGAAAGAUUUUACUACCGAAGAUGAAGCAUCAACAAAAUUCAGUGAUGAAAAAAGCCCUGAUAACAUAGAAGUUAUUAACAAUAUUUACAUCACUCCAGAAUUGGGGCACGAUAAAUCAACUGCAGAUAUUGUAGAUAAAAAUAACAUGUAUUAUAAAAUCUCAACGGAUGAUAUUUAUGAUUCGAGUGAUGUUUAUUUCACUCCAUCUGAACUGAAAGAUACAAGCAAUUUUAAUGAAUUUAUUCAAACUGAUUAUAAUGUAAAACCGCAUGCAUUACUUAAAAUGCCGAAAAAACGAUUUUCGAAUAUAUUUAAUAUUAUAUUUAAACCUAUAAAACCCGACGAGGAAGUAUACGAAUAG